UCAGACCCGGCGCAUCAUUGGAACCUUGAAAGGUUUCCCAGGGGCUGCGCCGCGCACUUUCCGCCCUCCUGGCUCGGCCUGCAGCGAGAGCAGCGGGAGCGGCCGGGGUACCAGGGGCAACGGCGGCGGUAUGAGCUACUACCAGCUACCGGUGGUGAUCGACAACGGCUCCGGAGUGAUCAAGGCGGGCCUGGCUGGGUCCCGGGAGCCCCAGUUUGUCUACCCAAACAUUAUCGGCCGCGCUAAAGGCCGGGGCUGUGCUGCUGAGGGCGCAGGGGAGCUGUGCGUGGGCGACCAAGCGCAGGCCCGCAGAAGCUCUCUGUCCAUCAGCUACCCAGUGGAGCGUGGUCUGGUUACUUCCUGGGGAGACAUGGAAAUCAUGUGGAAACACAUCUAUGACCAUAACCUGAAGCUAAAGCCCUGUGACGGCCCAGUAUUGAUUACGGAGCCAGCACUGAACCCACUGGCCAACCGACAACAGAUCACGGAAGUGUUUUUGGAGCAUCUGGAGGUUCCUGCCUUCUAUAUGUCCACCCAGGAGGUGCUGGCUCUCUUCGCUGCUGGCUUCACAACUGGCUUUGUGAUGAAUGCAGGUGCUGGAGUUACCCAGUGUGUGCCCAUCUUUGAAGGUUACUGUCUGCCUCAUGGUGUCCAGCAGCUAAAUCUGGCAGGCCUUGACCUCACCAACUACCUCAUGAUGCUGUUGAAGGACCGUGGCAUCAUGCUACUUAGUGCUGCAGACAGAAAGAUUGUGGUGGACAUUAAGGAAACAUCUUGUUAUGUGGCAAUGAACUAUGAAGAGGAAAUGGCCAAGAAACCUGCUAGUCUAGAGAAAGUUUACCAGCUCCCUGAUGGGAAGAUGCUCAAGCUCCAUGACCAGCUCUUUCAAUGUCCAGAGGCCCUCUUCUCUCCAUCUCUCAUGAACCUUGCGACUCCUGGCAUUGAUAAGCUGUGCUUCAGCAGCAUAAUGAAAUGCGAUACAGAUCUGAGGAAUUCCUUUUUCUCCAAUAUUAUCCUCGCUGGGGGAUCAACCUUGUUCUCUGGUUUAGAAAAGCGGCUAGUUAAAGAUAUAACAAAGGUGGUGCCUGCCAAUACCCCUGUGCAAGUUAUAGCUCCCCCAGAAAGGAAAAUAUCGGUGUGGAUGGGAGGCUCUAUUCUUGCAUCCCUGUCUGCCUUCCAGGACAUGUGGAUUACUGCUGCAGAAUUUAAAGAAGUUGGACCCAACAUAAUACACCAAAGAUGCUUCUGAAUACAGAUAAAAUGGUUAGAAGAAAAUGCUUUGAAUAUGUGAGAUGGAAAACUUCAGAUAUUAUGUUUCUGGGAGAACAGAAAAUAUUUCAAUUAGUGGAACGUCCAUGUCUCUGUUGCAUUUCUGUAAUGGGAAAUAAUGGUGAAGGAGUCAAACGUUUAUUGAGUAGGACCAAAUUUAA